AUGGGAAGAGACGCUUUGACCGCGGACAUUCUGUUGAAAGAUGGCGCGCAACCCGCAAAGAAGCAAGACGUCGUACGCGUUUGCACGACACACCUGGAGUCCGAAUACUUCGGCCGAGUGUACCGACCGGGUCAACUGGCGUUGACCUCGACAUUGCUCAAGCAUAAUAUGCAGAUGAGCCAAAACGUUGUUGCCGGUCUGGUCGCAGGCGAUAUGAAUGCUAUCGAUAAGUUCGAACAUGAGUAUCCAAAGGCAGACGAUGUACGACUCCAGGACGCUUGGGAGAAUGGACCCGAGGGAGAAGUCCCACGUCUAAAGCCAUUCCAGAGAGAUGUAACUAAUGGCCAAGCGAGGGGAAAUACGUGGGGCUACCAACGAGCGAAUGGCAAAAGGGACGGCAAACGCAUGGACAAGAUCCUGUAUACAGGUGCCCCGAAAUACAUCCCGCUAAGUUUUGGUGAGCAACUGACAAGAGGCAUAAGACGCCUGGGUGUCGACUUGAAGACAAUAGUGGAUGCCUAUAGGUACGAAUAGGAAACAAUUUCCUUUCGCCGGAGUGGCAGGGGGAUUAAAAAAGUCAGUACGGUGUUCUGCUCGUUAGAGCGAAUGGAAGAUCUCCGUCAACUUGAAUGCAGUCCCGCCAAAGAUGCGUUCCUAAUCGACCCUCCUUCCUGGGUCAAAGAUGCAGUCCUGACCACGACGCCUGCCUGGGUCAGCGAUCACUAUGGUAUUCUGGCAAAAUUCCAAGUAGGAGCAAGCGCCAACAACUCCAAAUCCCAGCACGCUGGAUCGUUCGAGACAGAGAUGCCAGCCAUUGUUACCGAGACCUAG